UUUUUUGCUUUUAGCCGUGACCAGGGACGAGCUCAAGCAUGAUGCGGCGGCUUCCGACUAUCAUGGCCUUCUCCGUCCUGGCCCUCGCUGCGCCCAGACCUCAAGUUACCCUGGCUGAUCGAACUAUGGGACUCGCUGUGCUGAUGUUUGCCUUGCGUUGGAGGCUGGAAUACCUGUUGAACCAAUUGAAGAAGAGUGGCGACGACGAGCAGAAACGCGACGAAUCGAUGAAAAUGAUCGAAUACCUGCGCAAAGAGAUCAAAUAUCAGGUCAACGUGUUCUUGCAGCGUACGAACGCCCCGGCCACCUCAACCAGUGUGAGCGACGACGCCAAGGCCUAAGAUGAUCGGUGGCCGUAAUCUCAAUAACUGUGGAGGGAUCGCCCGAGGAAACACUCGUGGUUCGGGACGACGCCAUCAAAACAUCACGUGCAUGUGACCAUCGGAAACCGACUGCGAGAUUGGGGGAUAAUCUAAUUAUUGUUAACCGAACCAACCCUCCAUCUUCCCCCAACCUCCGCAACAAACGAUGCCAUCAAGUGAGCCAGACCGUGCGGAGCAAUAAAAUACACAUCAACAACAUCAAGGAGAAACAACUCGACCAGACGACGAAUACCAAUUACAAUUGGUUCAAAAUCAUCAGGCUAAAACAAGCGGCACACGUCAUCACGAUGGACGAUGGACGUCUUAGGGUGAAACCUAAAGGAAUCUCGUUGCCUGUCGGGAAGAGCAAACAAAAUGUUUCUUAGCAUCUGCGACAGAAUCUGUAAUAAAAUUUCAGGUGACAUCGUCAAGGCUGGCAAAAAGAAAAAAAAAAGCCUCCAAACUCAAUCGUCUGGCUAAGCAUGGCAGUUUCUUUGUCUGUACAAUUAUAUUCUAGGAGAGGACUGGCUUGCACGAAACGAAAUAAGGUGCUUUAUCUAAAUCUAUUCGAAUUUAAAGGGACACUGGCACCCCGACAUCGAUACCUUUUUUAGCGUCUGUAACGUUUCUGGACCACGAGAUAUGACCCCUAAAAUAUUCAUCGUGAAACAAAAUUCGAAAUAAUUUUCUUUGUUUUUUCGGUGACGUAAUAGGCGGAGACACUUUUUUUUUAAAUUUGGAGACGUCGGAAGUUGUAUGUCUGUUACAAUUAUGGUUUACAUUAAAAAGCAACACCGGCUCAUUUUUGUUUUUAAACAAAAACAGUCCAGUCUUCUUCGGCAUUACUUUGAAAGACCACGCCGCAUUUGUGCAGACGUCGCCGGAUAUUCUAGACAUCGAAAGUUGUCUCGGAUGCAGACGACACUGGCGCUCCGCACACGCCCGCUCCAACAGUUGCCCGCAACGGAUGGAUGGAUGGAUGUUACUUUUGUAGGUCGCGGUAGCUUGCGCCGCCUAGCCUAAUCCCGCCCUGCCCAAAUGUUGCAAGACUGAGCCGAAGUUUCCGUUUCGGGUUCUGCUCAUGAUGGGUGGUUCCACGAGAGAUCGAACCAGCAGGUCCACUCAACAUUUUUCUAGGAGCAAAGCUCCUUCGGGUCUAGCCUUGUGCGUCCGUCCGGCGUCCGUGCUCACAUCAAUUGCACCGCCUCAAAAAUCAACCUAUUUAAAAAAAAAAAAAAAAAAAAAAAAAAAACCUUUGCAUGGGGGCUCGAACUCAGGACUGCUUGCUUACGAGGCAGACGUCUUAUCCACCACGCUACACUCCAUUUUUUUAAUCUUUAUUGCAAGAAAGCAGCUGGUACAAAUUCCAAAUAAAAAUGCAUUGCAGCACA